CUUUUAUACUGCUGAGUGGAGAAUUGAUUGGAAAACAUCAAGAGUUAAAAUCAGAAGAUAAAGAGCCCUUUUUAGAACCAUAGGUGGAACACAUCCUUGGGACAUAUUUGCAUGGCUUUAUCCAGGAAGAAGAGCUAUGAUGUGUGGAUUGUGAGUCUCCAAGCAAGUCAGACUCUUUAAAAGGCACAUCUAGACGUGAGGACUGGGAUGGAAGAGCAGGCUCCAGGAGAAGGCCAGGAGCAGCUCCCAAGCCCCCACCAUGGCUCUCUGAGAAAGGCUGUGGCUGCUGCUCUGGCUCUGGAUGGGGAAUCCACGAUGGGUCGCAGGAAAAAGAAGAAGAAAGACUCCCGCCCAGAAUCUAUCAUUAUCUAUCGGUCAGAGAGCGAGAAAAUGGAUGAGGAACCUGGAGAAUCAGAAAGUGGAGAUCGGCCUAAAGAGGAAGAGGGAGACGAUUUCCUAGACUAUCCCAUGGAUGAUGAUGGUAUGUGGAACAUGCCUUUGGACAGCCGCUACGUCACAUUAACUGGGACCAUCACAAGAGGGAAGAAAAAGGGUCAGAUGGUGGACAUCCAUGUCACAUUGACAGAGAAGGAGCUGCAGGAAUUGACCAAGCCUAAAGAGUCAUACAAGGAAACAACAUCUGAAGGAAGAAAGGCCUGCCAGGUGGGAGCAGAUCGAGGGCCCCACGUGGUCCUCUGGACACUGGUCUGCCUGCCUGUGGUUUUCAUCCUCUCUUUUGUUGUCUCUUUUUACUAUGGCACUAUCACCUGGUACAACAUCUUCCUUGUGUACAAUGAGGAGAGGACCUUCUGGCACAAGAUCUCCUAUUGCCCCUGCCUCAUUCUCUUCUAUCCAGUGCUCAUCAUGGCCAUGGCAUCUUCCCUGGGUCUCUAUGCCGCUGUGGUCCAGCUCUCAUGGUCCUGGGGAGCGUGGUGGCAAGCUGCCCGGGACAUGGAGAAAGGCUUCUGUGGCUGGCUCUGCAGCAAGCUGGGUCUGGAGGACUGUUCUCCCUACAGCAUUGUGGAGCUGCUUGAGUCUGACAAUAUCUCAGGCAAUCUCUCCAACAAAGACCCAGACCCCACCCAGGAAGUAGAAACCUCCACAGUCUAAACUCCCAACAAUUUCCUUCCUUCUCUAACCCCAAUAGCCCAUAUAUGAUCUUACUAUUCCUGUGGGUUCUUUUCCUACCCCACCUCACACACAGUUCUUCUGGAAAAUCUUAACCCACACUGAGAGAUCCUACCAUCUAAAUGGUUCCACGAGGGCAAAGAACAGAAAAGAAGCAGGUAGUGCCAAAAAAGACCAUCCAAUAGACAAGAUCUUCUUGAUUACCUGCCCUCAAAUGGCCAUUUAUCUGGGACAGCGAGCUCCAUUAUAUAUCUGUUCACGAGCCUGAAGGUAUUAUUGGUGCUUGUAAGUCAGACCAAUUCAGAGUUUGUGACAAAUUGUGACAGGGAGAAUAAGGAGGCUGGGGAUGGCCAAACCCACCAAGAUAAUAGAUAGGGAUAGAGUGAAACACAUGAGAAGCUGGGCUACCACAGUGUAGCAGAAGUAAGGAUUUGCAUGCAUCACAGAAUCAAACAUAGCUGCAUCUAAUUAAAGCCCUAAAACAGUGGUUUAAAUAAGAUCAAAGUAUAUUUCCUUCUUGUAUAGAAGAAGUCUGGAGAAAGACCAUCCCGGUCCUCUGUGAAGUCAUCCAGGCCCCAGGCUUCAACUCCUCUACCAAUUGGUGGGAUGUGGCCCUCACUGUCCCUUAUCUUCAACUUCACUAUGACUGGUACGUCUCCAGCGAUUAUAUUUCAUGUUUCUGGAGAAGUAGAGGAAGGGGCCAAAAGGAGCAUACUCUUCCUAGUUAAUUGGCCUUUCCAGUUCAAUUCAAUACUACUUAAAUCUCAUUGGUCAGACCAUAGUCUCAUGAUCUAAUAGGCAAAAGAUAUUGGGAACUGUCUUUUCUCUGGGUGGCUAAAUUCUGGGCUACAUAUCGGGGUUAUGUUCAUUUGAGGAAAAAGGAAAGAAUAGCUAUUUUGGUAGGCAAGUAAUAAUCUCCACCUCACAAUACUUAUUUAAAUAGAU